AUGGCGCAGAAACCGAUCAGCUCGGCUGCGGCCGAGCGCAUGAACCUCGUGGCCCAGGAUGAGAUCUGGAAAUAUCGCCUGAAGGCUGAAAAUGAAGCACGGCAAAACUGGGCCCAGAACUGGGGAUUUUUAUCAACACCCUUCGAGGAGCUGAUCAAGUGUGAAGAAGAACCAGCCACCCCAAAGCCCAAAAUCGAGCUUCCUGAGCGGUUCCGCAUCCGGCCAGUGACCCCAGUGGAGAACUACAUCAAGGUGCUGCCCUCCCCCCCAGUCCCAAAGACAACGCAGGGCUUCAUCGGCUGGCGGUCCGGGGUGCCGGGCCUGAACCAGUGUCUGGAGCACGACGAUGAGAUCAGAAGCUGCAAAGGGGCAUAUGCCAAGGAGCUAAACUGGCCGAAACAAGGCAUACACUGA